AUGAUCUCUCAAGGCUCCCCCACCGAGGAUCUCACCUCGACGGCCAUGGAGCAGAAGAUCGCUGAGCAGCCGGCGCUCACCAGCAGCAACGGCAACGGCCACCACGCCAACGGCAAAGACAGCCUCGCCGGCCUCGACGCCUCCAAGCUUGUCGUCACGCGGGCUGACCCCAACGCCCGCCAAGUGCCGGACGAAGUCACGGCCACGUCGGGCAACGAGACCAUCUGCACCGACCACAUGAUCACCUGCACCUGGAAAGCGUCGACGGGCUGGGCGGCGCCGGAGCUAAAGCCGUACGGGCCCCUCUCGCUCAUGCCGACCGCGUCGGUGCUGCACUACGCGACCGAGUGCUUCGAAGGCCUCAAGGCGUACCGCGGCCACGACGGCCGCCUGCGGCUCUUCCGCCCGGACCUCAACGCCAAGCGCAUGCUCAUGUCGACGCUGCGCAUCUCGCUUCCCGGCUUCGACCCGGUCGAGCUGGAGAAGCUGAUCGUGGCGCUGAUGGCCGUCGACGGGCCCAAGUGGCUCCCCCGGUCGCGCCCGGGCUCCUACCUGUACCUGCGCCCGGCCGUGAUCGGCACGCAGCCGCAGCUGGGCGUGCAGGCGCCCAAGGAGGCGCUGCUCUUCAUCACGGCGUCCUUCAUGCCGCGCAUGGACGCGCCGCCCGGCGGCAUGAAGCUGCACACCAACCCGGAGGACAUGAUCCGCGCGUGGGUCGGCGGGUUCGGCUACGCCAAGGUGGGCGCCAACUACGGGCCCAGCCUGCUGGCCACCAACGAGGCGCGCGAGCGCGGCUUCGGCCAGAUCCUGUGGCUGUACGGGCCCGAGGGGUACUGCACCGAGGCUGGCGCGAGCAAUUUCUUCGUCGUGUGGCGGACGAAGGGGGAGCAAGGCGGGAAGCUGCAGCUCGUGACCGCGCCGUUGGACGACAAGCUCAUCCUGGACGGCGUGACGCGGCGGAGCAUCGUGGAGCUGGCGCGGGAGCGGCUGGCGGGCGAGCUGGAGGUGGUCGAGAGGAAAUACACGAUCGACGAGGUCAUUGAGGCGGAUAAGGAGGGCCGGCUGGUCGAGGCCUUUGCCGCUGGCACGGCGUUCUUCGUCUGCCCCGUCUCACAGAUCCGACACCGCAACCACGACGUCCACAUCCCCAUGGUCAAGGGCCAUGCUGGUCAAUACACAUCCAAGCUCAAGGGGUGGGUGGCCGAUAUCAUGUGGGGUAACGAGCCGUCGCAUCCUUGGGCUGUUGUGGUGGAAGAGGAGCAGUAA